CAUACGCUCAUUUCAGCAGCUCAUAGAUACGCUCAAAAGGCACUCCCAUUCAAGAAAAGUGAUGCACAAAAGCUACUUCGAAUUGAUGUUAAUAAAGCUAGUAAACUGUGGGAAUUUUUUCAUCAAGUUCAUUGGAUCUAA